AUGGUGGUAGAAGUGUUGGGUUCAGCUGCUGUUAUUAGAAACUUAAGACCAUUACUUGAUAGGAUCAUUGUAGAAAAACUCUCCCAACAAAUCAUGACAACAAAAGGUGGAGUUAUUCUGCCUGAACAAGGGUUGGGAAAAGUGCUUAGAGGAACCGUCAUAUCUGCUGGUCCUGGUAACAGGGAUAAUAGUGGUAACAUUAUACCUGUCAGUGUCAAAGAAGGUGACCAAGUGUUGCUUCCAGAAUAUGGUGGCACUAAAAUAAAACUGGAGGAUAAGGAAUAUCAUAUAUAUCGUGAUUCCGAAAUCCUAGGAAUAUUCUCAGAAUAAAUAUAGACAGAAUUUUGUGCGAGAAAGAGCAGAAACUGAAGUACAUACAAAGAUGAUGCAUAACAAGGAUUGAAGCAAGUCUCUCCUGCGACUGACAUUUUAUGUGUUUCAAGAUUAGAAUUUUCUUAAUCGCUAAGAACAAGCUAAAACCUAUUCUGCAGUAGUGUUGUUGUUAAAAAAUGAACAUUAUUUUUCUUCUUUACACUUGCUUUUUUAGUUGUGCUUUUCUGUAAUAAGAUGACAUGUAGAACUUAAUAAAAAUGGUUUCAUUAUGUG